UUUAUCCUUCCCUUUUGUCGCCGGCUUCCUGGAGCCCGGCUGAGGUACCCGGCUUGUUGGGGAAAAAAAAGAAAAAAAAAACCAAAACAAACCGGUGCUGGAAAAACUCAGCGCUUUUUGUUAUUCCUCGCCCGGGUUUCUGUGAACGUGUACAGCGUUUGUUCGGGUUUUUAACGCGCUUCUUCUAAACUGAAGGGUUUUUUGUUUUGUUUUGUUUUUAAAGGAACUUGCAGAGUUCCAGUUUAGAAAACUCUUGUAAAUUAACGCUGAAGGAAUAUUUACCUGUUUUAUAAGGAACUCGCAGGGUUCUGAUUUAUAAAGUUCAAGUGACCCGUUUGUGCUGUCCUCUACUGACGGAAGCAAUGUCCCCUUGCUCGUAGAGGCGUCAUGAUACACAGCAGCAUCAUGGUGGACGUAGGCAAGUGGCCGAUAUUCACCCUCCUGUCCCCCCAAGAAAUCGCUUCCAUUCGCAAAGCGUGCGUGUUUGGGACCUCGGCCAACGAAGCCAUUUACAUCACGCACAACGACGAGGUAUUUGUUUUUGGACUGAAUUGCAGUAAUUGUUUGGGAACUGGAGAUAAUCAGAGCACAAUAGUACCAAAGAAAUUGGAAGCCUUAUGUGGAAAGAAGAUCUCCAGUCUCAGUUAUGGAAGUGGACCCCAUGUUGUUAUUUGUACUGAAGAUGGUGAAGUGUAUGCUUGGGGACAUAAUGGUUACAGCCAACUUGGAAAUGGCACAACCAAUCAGGGCAUUACUCCUGUUCAAGUUUGCACAAAUCUGUUAAUAAAGAAAGUGGUGGAAGUAGCCUGUGGCUCUCAUCAUUCCAUGGCGCUCUCAUUGGAUGGGGAUCUGUAUGCUUGGGGCUACAAUAACUGUGGUCAAGUUGGAUCUGGAUCUACAGCCAACCAGCCAACUCCUCGCAGAGUCUCCAACUGCUUGCAGGGUAAAAUUGUAGUUGGCAUUGCUUGUGGCCAGACCUCCUCCAUGGCUGUAGUAAACAAUGGUGAGGUUUAUGGCUGGGGUUACAAUGGCAAUGGCCAGCUGGGCCUGGGGAACAACGGGAACCAGCUGACGCCGUGCAGAGUGGCGGCGCUGCACAGCGUCUGCGUGCUCCAGAUUGCCUGUGGCUAUGCACACACUCUAGCACUAACAGAUGAGGGCUUGCUCUAUGCCUGGGGAGCUAACACUUACGGGCAGUUGGGGACUGGCAAUAAAAGUAACCAGCUCAGCCCUGUGCAGAUCAUGAUGGAAAAAGAAAGGGUUGUGGAGAUCGCCGCCUGCCACUCGGCGCACACGUCGGCGGCCAAGACGCAGAGCGGCCAGGUGUACAUGUGGGGCCAGUGCCGGGGGCAGUCCGUGACCUUCCCCCACCUCACACACUUCGCCUGCACCGACGACGUGUUCGCCUGCUUCGCCACCCCCGCUGUCAUGUGGCGCCUGCUCUCCGUCGGUGAGCUCCGGUCCCUGCAGUCCCUGCGUCCCUUCCUGAUUGGUACAGCGUGCUGCUUCCCGGGCAAGCUUCCCUCCAGGUUCAAGCAGGGAAGCUUGGCAACUCAGUGGCUAGUUGUUUCUUCCUUCUGAAGGAAACAGUCUGUUUCAGCAGCUGGGGAUGCAGGGUAAAGGGAACAAGAUUGUUGGCCAGUGUACAUCCAAAGCAAGCCCUGUCUUACCAUUCCACGGUGAAUUUUGUGUAUUUCUUACGUUUGGUUGUUUGACCUCCAGUUCAGGUCCAGGAAGGAAUCCUGAGUCAUUUAACAAAACUUCGGGGGUUUUUUUCCUCUUAUAACUAUUCCUGCUUGGAAGACUACUCCUGAGGCUUGUUGUUUUGGUAUCUAACAAUUUUGGACUUUAAGUGUCAUCUGUAGCUUUCCUCUCAUUAGUAUUUGCCCUUCUAGGAGUGCAUCUCUCCCUUAUGUUUUCUGGUUUUGAAAGUAACAAUUUUCAUAUAACAGAGUAAGAGAGUUUUCAUUUCAUGAGAUGAUUUGUCUCUUUUUAGUUUGAAUUUCCUUGAAGAUGGGUAGACUUGUAAGUAAUGGUCUCUGUGAAACAAGACUCUUACAUAAUUGCUUUUUCUGUUGGAACUCUCUUCUUAUACUGCCUUGGAUUACUCUGUGGGACGCAGUCUCUGUGUCCAACAAAUAAUCUCAAACCUUUUUUCAUGAUUUUUCUUUGAUCCACGUGCUGCUAAUUCUUAUUUGACCCAAAUAGGAUAUAAAGGGCUUAGCUUGCACUUCCUGGAAAACAUGAAGGUGUUUUCAUGUUCCAAAAAAUAAGGAUGUUUUAUCUUACAUCUGCUGCCUUAGUUUUCAAGUUCUCUUAGGAGAACAUCUAAUCUAUUUUCGUAUUGACAACAGACCCUAAUUUUGUUAGUCUCUGUAUGGAAUUACUUUUGGGGGUGAUGGAUAACAUCCCAGUAACUUCUCUCCAGUUAAGUCUCUCAGACUUUACUGUUGCAUUUGGCUUGUCCUAACCCAGCUUCUGUGUGACAACUUCUCAUUUAGCACGUCACCACAUUUGUAGAGGUCCAGGUAACAGCAUCUCACCUGUAGGGGAGAACUGAGUAGAGUUACUAAAGAGAGAGAAGAUUAACUUCGAGCAGUCUGCUCCUGAGUAAAUCCAAGUCUGCUUUUAUCCCAUUUGUCACUUUCUCCAUUCUCUAAUCCUCUGCAAUAUGUGCUGGUCUUGCUCUCUCUUGCCUCCACACUUGUGGAGGUCUCAUGGUUGUCCAGUCUGUUGCCUUUUGCUAAUAGUGAGAGCUGUUUAAAUGACAUCUCUGCCUGGUUUCAAGUCCCUCAUUUUUAUGAGAUAUUCCCAGACUGAGUAUAGCCAGCUGUCUGACCUCUAUUACCUGCACUUUAAUUCCUCUUAGCCUCUGGGGAUUCUUCCCCACUUACUCUGGCAAUCUUACUGAAUAUUUAAAUUAAAAAAAAAAAUUCUGUGGGAAUUUUUAAAUCUUCAUUUUCCAUAUGCAUGUAUUCCUUUCCCACCUGUUUUAAUCACAUAGGAGUAAACCCUUCUUUUUUCUUUUGUUUGUUUGUUUGGGUUUUUUGGUGUUUUGUUUUCUUAGGGAGAGCUAACUCUGUGUAAAGGUUAUUGUUCUACUUACAGUUACAAUGUCCCUGCCAAAAAAUGAAUCAGCCACUCAGGAUUGGCUGUGGUGAAAUACAAAUUUGCAGGACUGAAAGUAUUUGGAGUGAAAGUUGAUCUGCAUAGCUUAAGCUAAGAUCAUGACCCAGCAAAAUAAGAUCACAUGAGCAAAUGGAGAGGGAUUGGAGCAUGGUUUAGUUAGGGCAGAGGAGAUGCAGUUUCUGGGGGUGAUUCAUGUAAGUCAGAGGAGUGCAAGGUCUUCUGUGGCACAGGCAUGGCUUGCCAGUUCUGAGUAGUAUGUUCCAGCAAUAUUUCUUCUUAAAUGCAAAGUAAUUCAGUGUCCCUAAUGGUGAAGAGUGGUGUGCAGAUUGUGUAUGGAUGAGCACUAUACAGUCCUGUGGGACACAGGAGACAGAGUGCAUUCCAUUUAGUAGAAAUCCAUUUGUUUCUCUUUUCCAUGCUUCACUUUUUAGAAGUCAUGUGCUUUGAAACACACUUCUAAGAUGCAUCAAAAUAACGGGUUAAAUUAGGUUUUCUAAAAUUUCAGAGGCCUUGCUUUAGCAAAAGCCUCAAACAAUGUGUGCUGCAACUCCUGUAUGAUUUCUAGAGACACACAGAGUGGGACCUCUGUGACACCAGUGCCACAGGCCUCAAAAGAGGAAACUGUGGUAUCUCUGCUUUAAUCCACUGUCAGAGUCGCUGAGGUUCUGUGUCCUUGGUUGUGCCUUCGGCAGCACUGCUGCUGGAUUCUGUGUUGUUAAAGCUGACUCACAAACUGAGUAAUUGGUGUCAGUGAUAGCUCAUGUUAAUGAGCCCUGGCAAGGACCUCAUCAGCCUGCAGGCUGUAUCCAAUCUGCCAGCACAGGAAGGUGACCAUGUGG